CGAUCCUGUGUCAAUAUACAGUGGAAACAAAAUCAAAAUAGUAUAAUGCUUACUCAGUAUUUACUUAUGCCAAGUCUCAACAUGCUGAUAGAGACUUUUUCCUUACAGAACAUUACAGCUUCACUUCAUACGCUCACAAAAGGGCUCGACUUUUCUAUGACUCGAUAUGGUUGCCAACAGUGCACUGGCGGAUCAGCUGAAGCAACUCUUCGAGCGCUGCUCAACAAUGGAAGAACUGCCGCAUUCUUUUGAUGAUACCCUCAUUGAUCAUUUGAUCGAGAAAAUUGAUCUCACUGAUACACGCCUUGUUGACUUCAUAAAAUCAAGCUUCUCUACGACAAAUUUUGAAUCCGCUGCUUCGGUUGUUGUGUCUCUUUUGCUUCGUCUGUACACGAAACACUGCAAAACUCUAGCUGGCGAUAGCGAUGCAUCUGUGCGAGAUCAGCUGGCACGUACCGAAGUACUACUUGAUCAAGACCGACCUGCAAGAGUAAUUUCCGAUCUCUUCACGCUCUAUAUCACAUGUUAUCAUUCUAGAGAUCAAGGCGAAUGGGAUAAUGUAGUAUUUUGGGCGGUGACACAGUUAUCCAAUGAAAAGCUCAGCAUAUUUGUGCGAAGACUGAUUGAAGACUUUCUUUGCCUCAUAGAAGAUGCAGAUAUCGUACAGUUGUUCUUGGCAAGUGUUGCCGAGUUGUUCUGCUGCACGGACUCUGCUUUUAUAAUGAAUGGAACAGCCCGGAUACUGUUGAAGUUCGCCGACCAGCUGAGCUCUGCACAAAUUGGUCUGAUAAUUGAGGCGGUGCAGACGGGUGAUCUAUUGGGAGAUACGGUCUAUCAGCUUGCUGCAAAGCUGAGGCCUGAAAUGGGACUAUUAGAUGAUCUCUCACUAUCCAAAUGGCGUAAUGAAACUGCCAGAUGCCAGACAAUUAUGAAAUUGAUUCUCCAGCCACCACGACGACGUGAUGUCAGUGAUUUGAUUGCGGCUGUUCUGCUGUCACCGUGUGUGAAAUUAGGCUCGUUUGUAGAUGUGAUUGAAUUCCUAAGUGACAAGGAACUCAAAGAAUACCUUACGAGUAUGUGUCGUAUUCUUACGGAUCGUCGUCGAGCUCCUCUUUCUGAUCUUCAACGAAUGAUGUCAAAACUUCCUGGUCGCUUAGACUUGCCCGAAGUAGCGAUUGUGCUAGAAAGUUGCUUCGAGAGACUACUGGACUCUCCAUGUCUACUUGAAGAACUGUGCAAGGGAUAUGGUAAUGAUUGUUUAGCUUCUCCAUCGUUGGCAAGUAUACACGAUAAGCUCGCUGUUGAAAUCACAAAAGCUGUGUCACAUUCGGACUGGGAAGUUCGUGACACAGUGGUUGAGAUUGCAGCAGCUGUACCUUGCUUUCGCCCUAUGUUGGGACCGCUAACUCCUUUGGUUAAAUUCGAUCCAUCACCUUAUGUUAGAGCUGCUGCCCUCAGAUGUCUGAUUCUCGAUUCCCAAUACCAUCAAGAUGAAUUACCUCAGCUUUGUGAAAGUGUUGUGUUGCUGGACGCAGAUGCAGAGCCUAGGCUUGUAGCUAUUCGUUACUUGCAAGGUACACUUGCAACGAACAUUCGUCACGUUUUCCGCAUUCUCCCAAAGGCUAUCGAGGACACAGACGAUGAAAUAAGGCGCAUUAUGAUCGACAUGUGUCCAAGCUUACUUGUUGUCGAAGAAUACGCUGCAGACACUGCAAAGGAACUACAGGAAUGGACUGAGGAUGCAGAGAUUGGAGCAGCUGUUCGUGAGGUACUGGGUGAGGUAACAGCUGAACGGCCCGAUCCAGUCGAACAUAUUCUCGCAGACAUGAUGAAUGCAUUGCGUGUGACCAUCGAUGAUACUAUUGACUGCUAUUAAAUGGUAUGAUCUCCACUGCGUUUCGCACUUCACCGCAAACGGUUAACGCCAGAAUCUUCAAAGUGUUCGCACUCUAUCAUAAUACAUGAAGUGUACAUUGACGACCAUUUUUCAAUGAACC